UAUAUUAUUGAAUAAAAAUACCAAAGCCUGAGAUUUUUCAUAGCUUACUAUAAAUUUUUAAUGGGAAAAAUAAUUUUUCAGACACAGGCUUCGUGUCCUAUCGAUCGCAGACCAUUUCGAGCAGUAUGUCAGCUUGGUGCAUUAGAAGAUCAGAUAAAGAUUCAGGUAGAAAAACAGCAAAAGAGAAAGAAAGAGGAGGAAUACUGUACCUGGAAUAAGGAAAAAUAUAGCCAUGCAAAGAUGAGAAGAUUCCUGAGAAGAGCUGCAUGUUCAGACAGAGGGUCCUUAGCAGCAAAAUUGAGGAAAGUCGUGAAGAAGAAAUGCAAUAUAAACCAAAUACCAGGGAAUUGAAGCUUGGAAGAACAAAGUUGCAAUAUCAGAAACUACUGUACUGGCUUUACUGGAAAGACUCCCUUUUCCACUUCAGUCACAGAGGAAUUGUAUUUAGUUUCAGCAUAAGAUCAUUUUAUGUGAAGCAUUGCUGACACGCAGCUAAUGAUAAGCAAAAACCAGAAAGUUUUUUGUUUUUUUUUUUACUGAAAGUGCAGAAACAAGCAGCACUUGGCAGUAUUAUGAGGCUCAGUUGAUGGGUAUUGUUCUGUGUAUUCAUAACUUCUGAAAGUAAGGAAGUAUCACAAGAAAUGAGAAGUAGCUGAUGUCUGAAAGAUUAUUGCGAAGGUUUUACUGAAGUUGUGUAAACACAUUGCAGGUCAUCUAGGGAUGCGUUUUUUUAUUAGCAUCUUAUUGUGUUAAUUAACUUCUAAUGAACGAUUAAAAACUGAAAUGUUAAAGUCUAGAUCAUAGUUCUGCUUCUUAUUUC